UCAGUUGAAACGUGAAGUAGCGCAGAGGUGGACGUAUUUGAUUUGAGAAGAAAUAUGCUAAAAUUGUUUCGUAACACAACACAGAAGGAUGUAACUUUGAAUCAAAUUUGUCCAUUUUCGAUGCAUUGAAGUUUUAUUUCGUUUAUUUUGUAACAUAUUUUCGAUUUGUGAUUUUCUUGUGCUUCCUCUACUUGAACUUAUUUUAUAUUGCGUGAAAUUGGAAAUAAAUAUAUACUUUUUUCAAAACUUUAGACUAUUUUACAUUUAUAUUUGACUUGAUACAUAUGUGAGAAAUAUCUGCAAUGCACGCGGGCCGUGCUAGCAGCAGUUCUAUGAAGGACUACCUUGGAUACUUGACCAUACUGUUAGUGUGCUGGUCACACUUUACAGUACAAACUGUUUACGGACAAUGCAAUUGCGCUACAGAUUGUGCAUCAAGCUGCAGUGCUGGAUAUUACUUUGAUUCUGGAACAUGCCAGAUAUGCCCACAAGGAAAAUAUUGUCCAGGAGGAAGCAAUGCAGCACAAGACUGCGCUGCCGGGACAUACAACAGUAAUACAGGAUCAUCUUUGUCAGCAGACUGUCUGGAUUGUGCUGCUGGUCAGUACAGUUCCGCCGGAGCUUCUGGUUGUAUCCAGUGCCCUCAAGGCACAGCUUGCGCAAACCCUGGUACAUCUUCACCAACCAACUGUUUGGCCGGAACAUACUCUGGAGCUGGUGCCACUUCCUGUACUAACUGUCCACUUGGUUCCUACUGCACCGGAAACCAGGCUACAUCCCCAGUAGCUUGUACCUCGGGGUACUACACUCCAAGCAAUGGUGCUUCAAGUUGUACAACACAAUGCCCGGCUGGUUCUGAAUGUCCCAGUGGAACAACUCCAAUACAGUGUUCAGCCGGAUACUACAGUCUUUUAGGAGAAGAAGCAUGUACACCAUGCCCUGCUGGACAGUAUAGUAGUUCUGCAGGUGCUUCAUCAUGCACACAGUGUGAUGAAGGUCAUGAAUGUCCAACAACUGGAAUGUCAUCACCUACAGCAUGUGCUGCCGGUUAUAUUGCUGCCACUGGAUCAUCGAGCUGCACACUCUGUGCUAAUGAUAAAAUCCCUGACUCGGAUAACAAAAUCUGUGAAGUUUGCCCUGCUGGAUAUGAAUGCACGAACCCGGCAAACCCAGAAACAGAAUGUAGUUCCGGUUACUAUGCACUCAGUGGUGCUGCGACCUGCACGCAAUGUCCGGUAAACCAUAAAUGUCCAACAAAAACAGCAGCCCCAGUGGCUUGUGCAAGCGAUGAAUAUUCAGCGGCUGGAUCGACUACUUGCACUCAGUGUCCUGCAGGUUUUACAUGUUCCGGUGGAGCUGCCGCACAGUGUAGUGCAGGGGAAUAUAGUCCCGCUGGAGGUGGUACAUGCCUCGGUUGUACGGCGGGAAACUACUGUCCCCAGGGAGCGACAUCGGAGACGGCUUGUGUCAGUGGGUCAUACAGUCUAGCUAAUGCCUCAUCGUGUACAACAUGUCCAGCAGGUUCCUACUGUCCAAACACACAGACAGUUACCCCAUGUCCUAGUGGCCAGUAUAGUGAACAAGGGGCCACUUCCUGUACAGACUGCCCUGCUGGUUACCAGUGUAUGACAACUGAUGCAGCCCCUUCAGCAUGUCCAUCCGGGACAUAUAACCUUGCAACAUCGCCAACAGGCCAAGCAUGUAUCGAGUGCCCUGGUGGAUACUACUGCGCAGUAACAACAGCGUCUCCAGUUGCGUGUGAUGCAGGCUUCAUCAGUGGAAAUGGAUCAACCGAAUGUACAAUUUGCCCUGCCGGAUUUGCCUGUCCAGAUGCAGCUGACCCAAGCAAAAAUUUCGAGUGCGCGGACGGGUCAUACUCGAUUGAUGGGGAGACAACUUGUACAGUAUGUGGAGCUGGAUUUUACUGCCCUACAAAUAUUGACGAUACCCCAAUAUCAUGUCCUCCAGGAUUUUAUUCAACUGGGAACCAGACACAGUGCACCAGGUGUGAAGCCGGAUACAAGUGCCCGAACACUGACGGAACAGGCAUAGUCACCUGUAACGCGGGAAGUUACUCGGAAGCAGGAGCAACUGACUGUAUUGAUUGUCCAAAAGGAUUUGCCUGUCCACUUACGAACACAAGUCAGAUAGACGAAUGUCUGUCGGGAACAUACUCUGUUGGCAGUCAGACAGAGUGUACACCUUGCCCAGCUGGAAAACGUUGCCCCACUACCAAAGCAUCAACAGAGAUAGACUGUGUGGCAGGAACAUAUUCUAUCGGGAACCAGUCCACUUGUAUUGAAUGCCCUGUGGGAUAUGAAUGUCCAAAUACAGAUGUGAACAACACCAUUCCUUGUGACCCUGGGUAUUUUGCACUUGGAGCCCAGUCUGCAUGUACUCUUUGUCCUGAAGGCGAGUACUGUGCUACAACAAUCGAGUCGGGAAUACCAUGUGACAGUGACGGCGAAUACAGCGAAGCUGGUUCCACAAACUGUACCACUUGUGAACCCGGGUUCUAUUGCCCAAAUUUUAAAGCUUCCUUUAAGCAACAAUGUCCAGCUGGCACCUAUUCAACUGCUGGGGCCACUGCUUGUUCGCCUUGUAAUGCUGGGUACCGAUGUCAGAUGCAGUCAGAUACAGCUAGCCCAUUGACAGAUCAGUGUGACCAAGGAGGCUGGUGCGAUGGAGAAAUGUUUCAUGCAUGUCCUGCUGGGACAUAUAACCGGUUGAACACGUCUGCCUCAGUUGCAGCUUGUGUCCUCUGCCCAUCAGGAUAUUACUGUGAAGGACCUGGGGAGAUUGACUACUCUACCUAUGACUGUCCAGUGGGUCACUAUUGUUUAGCAGGGACCACAUCCAGAACCUCAUACCCUUGUCCAGGUGGUACGUACAACAAUAUCACAGGACUUACACAGGAAACAGAUUGCACAACCUGCCCGGUAGGUUCCUACUGUCCUGAGGGGUCGACGCUUCCUAUUGACUGCCCGCCUGGUUUCUUCUGUGCAGUUGCAGGGAUGAGUUCUGGUUCUCAGACUCCUUGCUUUGCUGGAACUUACAGUAAUGGAACAGGAUUGACUGCGGAUACUCAGUGCAUAGACUGUCCGGUUGGCCAUUACUGCCCAGGAGGUCAGGAGAAUGAUCCUACAACGGAGCCAGUCCCGUGCCCAGCAGGGACAUUUAAUGCUGGAACGAAGGCGGUAGAUCUUGUCAACUGUGAGGAAUGUCAUCAAGGGUAUGCAUGUAAUACAACGGGCAUGUCUGAUACGACUAUACUGCCAUGUAAAACAGGUUAUUAUUGUCCUUUCGGAACCAUUGAGUAUGAUCAGUACCCAUGUUUACCUGGUAGCUAUGGCGAUACGGACAAUUUGACAUCUGCUGACGAGUGCAAAACCUGUCCGCAAGGAUGGAUCUGUGGCUGGGCAACAACUGACUUUGGUGACCAUUCCCCACCAGACCCAUGUGCCCAGGGUCACUACUGUCCAGAGAUGACCACUGCUCCUGACCAAUGGCCUUGUCCAGCUGGAACAUUCACAAAUGCAAGCGAUUUGUACGAGGAAUCCCAGUGUACUCCAUGUACUCCCGGUUACUACUGCACAGGUGGGGAUAAAGAAGUGUCAGGCAUUUGUCCCCGGGGCUACUACUGCCCUCAGGGAACAACUAUCGGCACGGAGUUUGGUUGUCCAAAUGGUACCUACAAUGAUGUAGAAGGUCUGACUGCUGUGGAUGAAUGCAAGAACUGCACACAGGGUCAAUACUGUGAGUUUGCAGUGAGUGCUACCACAGCAUGCUUUGAGGGAACAUAUAUGCCAUAUGGUGUUGAUCCCACUGGUAGUCUUACAGCUCUGCCAGUUGGCACUCCAGCAAAGCGUCAGUUUGAAUGUUUGACAUGUCCCGGUGGAUCUACCUGCCAGAACGGUACAAUAGAUCCGGUAGAGUGUACCACCGGUUUUUACUCACCAGAUGGGGCAACCGAAUGUACUAUUUGUGAAAUAGGACAUUAUUGUGAUAAUGCUACAACGUCUGAAGAUGACAUGAGAAACAACAAACAAUGUCCGGCCGGUCGAUACUGUGUCGCCGGUCUUUCUUUUGAACCAGCCGCCCAAGACUGCGCUACUGGUCACUAUUGUCCACAGGGUACCGUUGAGAUGGUAAACUGUCCUGUUGGUACUAUGAGAACCACCGUUGGUGCAGGGGCUGUGACAGACUGCGAACCGUGUACAGCUGGUUAUUAUUGUUUAGAAGAGUCUUCAAGCACAACCGGAGCAUGUUUAGAGGGGUACUACUGUCCAACAAACCUCACCAAUCCCUACGGAAAUAAUCCUCCAUACAUCGGGUCUUAUGGUAAUGAUAUGUACAAAUGUCCAGAAGGAACGUACACAAAUGUUACCGCCACUCCAGAUCUUGCAAGUUGUCUUGAGUGUCCUGCUGGAUAUUACUGUGGCCUAGCAACCAAUCAACCGGCAGACUGUACCCGUGGCUACUACUGUCCUGCUGGGUCGGAAAAACCAACACCGUGUCCCAUCGGAACAUAUGGCAAUGAUACCAAUUUGAUUGGACUUGACCGAUGUGUCGACUGUGAUCCUGGAUACUACUGUGACGCCCCUGGUUUGACCCUGCCUCGUGAUCAGUGUGACCCGGGAUACCUGUGCUACAGCAGAGCCACUACAUCAACACCAACUGAUGUUGCCACUCAAGGGGGAGAACUCUGUUCCAGGGGAGGUUACUGUGUACGAGGUUCUUAUGAGGCAGCCCCGUGUCCCCUGGGUACCUACAGUAACAUCACUGGGGCUAUUGACACAUCAGAAUGCACAACAUGUGACCCUGGUUAUUACUGCAGCAGCGUGGCGGGUGGUGAGCCAACCGGACCUUGUGCAGCUGGCUUCUACUGUGAACAAGGAUCCUCUAGCGCAUAUCAGUAUUCUGCAAGACCAGGUCAUUUUUCACUUGAAGGCGCGAGAGCUGAUGAUGAAUGCCCUAUUGCCACCUAUGCACCUUACCACAACUCCAGUUCCUGUACGAUAUGCCCUGCCGGUUUCUAUUGUCCGGAUAAAGCUAUGAAUUACACCAUUAUUUGUCCGGUUGGAACAUACUGCCCAGAAGGAAGCUACCAGUACUAUACAUGUCCACCCGGAACAUUCCUGAAUGAGACUGGCAAAUCAAGCUUAAGUGAUUGCAUAGACUGCCCAACUGGUUACUACUGCCAGGACCGAGGUCUUUCCGAGGUUACGGGACCUUGCAAGGCUGGUCAUAUCUGUUACUUGAACGGUCUUGACUCUGAUCCAGUAUACAAUGAUGAUAAUUCCACAGGGUUAACAAUUGUCUUGUACGGGGACAGAUGUCAUCCAGGUUUCUAUUGCCCACAAGGAACGUCGUACAUGAUACCAUGCCCCGAAGGAACGUACCGAGAACAUUACAGCGGGGCUUCUGUAGACGACUGUACCAUCUGUGAUCCGGGAAAAUACUGUGAUGGAACUAACAACACUGCAGUAACAGGUGACUGUGACCCAGGAUAUUUCUGUAACAACGGCUCCCACCUUGCUGCGCCGGUCGAUGGCAUCAUUGGUGACAUAUGCCCACAGCACAAAUACUGUCCACAGGGUGCAGAUGUGCCAAGAUCUUGCCAGAUUGGCUACAUGGCAAAUCGAACCGGAAUGGAUGCCUGUGAAUUGUGUAUUGCCGGAUACCUGUGUUACCCCGAUCAAGCUCCAGUGUUGUGUCCUCAAGGCAAGUAUUGUGUAGCCAGUACAGCUCUAAUACCAGUUACUGCUGGCACUGAUUGUCCGAUAGGGACCUAUGGUGGCGCAGAGGGACUCGAGUCUGAGGCAAACUGUUCAUUUUGUGACGCUGGCUUCUACUGUGAAACAGCAGGAUUAACAAAUGUGACGGGCCCAAUCUCGGCUGGGUACUGGACACUUACAGGUGCACAAGUGGCGACCCCUGUUGUUGAUGAUAAUCCAGACUACGGUCUCUGUCCAAAAGGUUUCUAUUGUCCAGAACAGUCCACUUAUCCUACAGCUUGCCCAACAGGCACAUACGGACCAUCUGAUACUGUGAAAUCCUUGGCUGGUUGCCGUGACUGUGAUCCGGGUUAUUAUUGUCCAUACCAGAAUAUGACAACGACUGGUUCCCAGUGUACAGCAGGAUAUUACUGCAGCAGUAAAUCAUCGGAAGCGGCACCAGUCAAUGCUACUUAUGGAGAUAUUUGUCCUACAGGUUACUACUGUCCUGUGGGUUCCUCAGCCCCGAUAGCAUGUGCAGGAGGAACUUACGCUGAUACCCCAGGUAGCGCCACCUGCGCUCAGUGUCCACAAGGUUUCUACUGUCCCCUCAACACAACAGACCCGUUCAGCUGCCCAAUGGGAUACUACUGCGUUGCUGGUCAGACUUCAGACAGCACAUUUCCCUGUCCAGUUGGAAAGUUCAACAAUCUGACAGAACGUUACGAUUCUACGGACUGUGUUGAUUGUCCAGAUGGAUAUUACUGUGAGUCUCAAGGUCUUGGAGUCCCCACAGGUCAGUGCGACCCAGGCUGGUACUGCACAGGGGCUGCUGUCUCGGCACAGCCCACAAAUGCUGCCCAGGGAGGAUUGUGUUUGGCGGGUACCUAUUGUCCAAUGGGAAGUGCAGCAGCCAUUCCAUGUGACCCAGGACAGUUUUGUGCCAAUGAUGGUCAAGAUAGUACAAAUGGUUCAUGCAGUGCAGGGUAUUACUGUUCCAGCGCUUCCAUCACAGCUACACCAGUAGGACAAGCAUACGGGGAUAUAUGCCCAGCUGGUCAGUAUUGUCCAGUUGGUAGCUCAGCCGGCACCAACUGCCCACCUGGGACAUUCCUUAACACAACAGGUGCCCAGUCUGAUGCUGAAUGUAUACAGUGUACGCAAGGUUAUUAUUGCGAUGGUUAUGGGAACACAGCUGUUGACGGGGAGUGUGAUGGUGGUUACUAUUGUCCAGCCGGCAUGAAUAUAUCAAACCCAGUGGAAUACACAUGUAGUCAAGGACAUUACUGCCCAGUUGGUAGCCACCAGGAGAUCCGGUGUUUGUCCGGCACAUACCAAGACUUGACUGGACAGUCUUCAUGCAAGAUGUGCCCCGAAGGCUACUACUGCGACAACACAAUUGAUCCGGUUGUCCUUUUCAACAACACCAUCUGUCCUCAAGGUUAUUACUGCCCCAAUGGAACACAGUACGAUACCCAGUACAGAUGUCCUGUUGGAACUUAUGGUAACAGUACCGGUCUCGUGGAGAUAUCGGAAUGUACGCCGUGUCCUGGAGGCUACUAUUGUGAUCAAGAGGCCCAGACCACUUACAAUCAACCAUGUCUUGCGGGAUUCUACUGUCGUCAAGGAGCAGAGACGGGUACACCCAUGGAAGAUUCAGAUGCAUAUGAGUGUCCAGUUGGCCAUUUCUGUCCAAAUCAAACAAGCGAACCACAGAAAUGUCCUGCAGGAACAUAUUCCAACACUGUUCGAUUAACAGCUGAAUCAGAAUGUACAGAUUGUCCAGCAGGGUCAUAUUGCGGAGAAUUAAACAUGACAACAGACAGUGGACUAUGCUAUGCAGGGUAUUACUGCCCCAAUGGCUCCUCUAGCCCAACAGAAUUAGACUGCCCUACUGGACAUUUCUGUGGAAAUGGGACUGGUACACCAUCACCUUGUCCAAAAGGCACAUAUUCCAACCAGACGAACCUGAUGUAUGAAAGUGAAUGUGACCCCUGUCCAGGAGGUUCCUUCUGUUUAGAGGAAGGUCUUACAGAGCCUAGUGGACUCUGUGGAGCAGGUUACUACUGCCCAGUUGGAACUAUAUACCAGCAGCCGAAUGCCACCUACUGUCCUGUAGGAUAUUACUGUCCUAACGGAUCAUCACAGGCACUGCCAUGUGCAAACUACACUGAGGUUGAUCAUACACACGCCUCUGAGUGUAAUCAGUGUCCUGCUGGUUUCUACUGUGAUGCUGCCAUUGGCCAGAAGACAAUCUGUCCAGCUGGGUAUUACUGUCCGGCUGGAACUGGUCUUGACUGGCAAGCAUGCCCGCGAGGUACCUACAGUAACACAACCGGACUACAAACUCAGGGCCAAUGUACACCAUGUGAUGCUGGGAAAUAUUGUGAGACAGAACACCUUACUGAACCAACAGGCGACUGUGCGGCUGGUUACUAUUGUGCAUCUGGGGUCGACAUGCAAUACCCUAAUGGUACAAACACCGGAUCUGGAGAUAUCUGCCCGCUAGCACACUACUGUCCGGCUGCCAGUGUUACGUUUAUACCAUGUGAGAAUGGAACCUAUGCCAACACCCUUGGACAAGCAACUUGUGACACAUGCAUACAAGGUUACUACUGCCCAGACCAGACUGAUGACUACACAAGCUAUCCAUGUCCUCAGGGCCAUUACUGCCCAGAUGGUACCCGGGAACAGUAUGAGAACCCAUGUCCCAAGGGAACAUUCAACAAUGCUACGUAUGGAACCAGCUUGGCUAACUGUUAUUCAUGUACACCUGGAAUGUAUUGCCAAACUGAUGGUUUGUCAGAUCCAACUGGCCUCUGUGCAGCUGGCUAUUACUGCGACGGGGGCUCAGAGACUGCAACUCCAAUUGGUGCUGGUGGCGGGUAUUGCACAGCCGGGUACUUCUGUCCUGAGGGUUCCACAGAGAUGACCCCGUGUACACCAGGAUACUUCUGUGCCUCAGAUUACCUUAACGAUACCUCCGGUCAGUGCCAAGAUGGAUCUUAUUGUAUCUCUGCGGCAACCGUUGCUAACCCAACAGACGGAACAACAGGUGAUAUUUGUCCGAUGGGAAAUUACUGUCCAAUGGGAAGCUCAUCCCCGACACCCUGUACGUCUGGAACAUACGUCGACAGCACGGGAAACUAUAAUGAGACAGAUUGUAUCAGCUGCACAGCUGGUCAGUACUGUGCCGGAAGUGGAAAUGUUCAGCCGGAUGGUAACUGUUCUGCUGGUUACUACUGUCCAGGUGGUCAGGAUAAUCCAACGCCGGUCGGAUACGAAUGCACACAAGGACAUUUCUGCAUUGAAGGAAGCAUUGCGCCAGCUAGAUGCCCGUCAGGAAAUUAUCAGGAUGAUACCGGCCAGUCAGACUGUAAAGGUUGUCCCGCUGGAUAUUUCUGUGACAACACUUUUGGUCCGGUUGUUCUUUACAAUGAUUCUGCCUGCCCAGCGGGAUAUUUUUGUUUGGAAAAUACCACCUUUUCUACGCAAUACCCAUGUCCAACUGGCACAUUCAGUAAUGUGACCAAUCUUGUUGCUUCAUCAGACUGUCAGGCAUGUUCCGGGGGAAUGUACUGUAGUCAGACCGGUCUGUCCGAACCUGAAGGUGAAUGUGAUGGAGGCUACUAUUGCACAACUGGUUCAAACAGCAAGACACCGUCAAUGGGAACUGAUGCAGACACUUGCACUGUUGGCAACUAUUGUCCAAAUGGCACAACAACCCCACUUCAAUGCCCACCUGGAACAUAUAACCCGUCUACCGGAAGACGGAGCGAAUCUGAAUGUCUGAACUGUACUGGAGGUUAUUACUGUGGUACCUAUGGCAUGUCUUCCGUGCCAUCUGGAAACAGAUGUACUGAAGGCUACUACUGUCCAGGAGGGGCCGACACUGCCACCUAUAUUGUGUGUCCAGAGGGACACUACUGUCCAACAGGUACACAGGAUCCAGAGAAAUGUCCAUCUGGAACAUUCUCCAAUGCCACAGGACUUACGUCAGAUGCGGGCUGUGAAGACUGUAUCGGAGGGUAUUACUGUCCAUCUGAUGGCCAGACUGCGGCUGUGGACCUUUGCUGGGGUGGAUACUACUGUGAAGUGGCACAGAAAGCGCCAAAUCCAACAGACUACAUCUGCCCUAAAGGAAUGCAGUGUCCAAAUGGCAGUUCAAACUACUUGGCAUGUGCAGCUGGUACCUAUACAAGUGCUACAGGAAUGUCGUCAUGUGACGUAUGCCCAGCUGGAUUCUACUGUUUGCCAGUGGUACCAGCAAAUGCUUCACUCAACGCCCAAGAUUGUCCAAAGGGAUAUUACUGUCCAGAAGGUACUGGCAUAGACUGGCAAGCUUGCCCAGCCGGAACAUAUGGUGCUUCAACCGGAUUGUUUAAUGAAUCACAAUGUACUCAAUGUGACGGAGGGAAAUACUGUGCAGCAACUGCUCUUUCGGCACCAUCUGGAGACUGCACUGCUGGUUAUUUCUGUACUGUGGGAGUGGAUACAGCGACACCUGAUGGCGCUACAAACACAGGAACGGGAGGAAUGUGUACUAAAGGACACUACUGCCCAACAGGUUCUUCUGCAGCUGUACCAUGCGCUGCAGGAACCUUCACCAAUCAGACGCAGCAAGCCACGUGUGAAACCUGCCCGGCAGGAUACUACUGUGUGGCUGCAUCUGAGGAGUACAUCAGCUCUCCGUGCCCAGCGGGUCAUUACUGUCUGGCUGGUACCCAGUAUUCUACUCAGUACAAGUGUGCAGAGGGUACCUACAAUUCACUGACUGGUUCUCAAUCCAACACAGACUGUACUAGCUGUCCCGGGGGCCAGUACUGUCAAGGGGAAGGUAACUCUGCUCCGACUGGCUACUGUUAUGCAGGCUGGUACUGUUCCGGCGGCUCGAAGAGUCCCAAUACAACAACACAUGGUGGGAAGUGUUCUCCUGGAUACUAUUGCCCAGCAAAUUCAUCAGAUCCCAUUCAAUGUGACCCUGGCAAAUAUUGCCAGACAGAAGGUCUGUCAGCACCAACAGGUGACUGCCUGGCUGGGUACUUCUGCACACUUCAGGCCAGCACCCAGACUCCCACCGAUGGUACUACCGGAGACAUCUGUCCUGCUGGAUAUUACUGUGAAACUGGUGCCGACACACCAACACCAUGCAGUCCUGGCACAUAUGUUGGGGGUCAAGGGAGCACGUUGCCAAGCGAUUGUCUAAACUGUACAGCUGGAGAGUUUUGCGGCAGUUACAAUCUCACAGCAACAGACGGUGAUUGUGAUGCUGGUUACUAUUGUCCACAAGGGGAGAUAACUUCUAACAGGUUACCGUGUUGGCAAGGGUAUUACUGCCCGCAAGGCAUCGAUGCACCGAUUAUCUGUCCGAACGGACAGUAUCAAGCGUUGACUGGCCGAUCCACGUGCGACACAUGCCCUGGCGGGUACUACUGUGAUAACAGCUAUGGAAUUGUGGAGAUAAACGAUACUAUACUCUGUCCCACAGGCUUUUAUUGUCCACCAGGAACACCAAGAGGGGACCUCUAUGCUUGUGAUGUUGGAACAUUCAACAACGUGACAGGAUUGAACGAUAGCACACAGUGCACUGCAUGUAUCGGCGGAUCUUAUUGUGAAACAAAUGGUCUCACAGUACCCACAGGGCUCUGUGAUGCUGGGUAUUACUGCAAGAUUGGGGCGCAGACUGCCACCCCGGCACAAGGAACUGAUGCCAAUAAGUGCCCACAAGGGUCAUUCUGUGUGGCUGGAACUGAAGAUCCCGUGCCGUGCCCAGCAGGUACUUACGGUGCAGCGACAAAACUGAAGGCGGAGUCAGAAUGCACACAGUGUACUGCAGGGUACUAUUGUACUACCCCUGGGCUUCUGGCAGUGGAGGGUCAGUGUGAGGAGGGAUAUUACUGUGAGCAGGGCUCAAACUCUUCCCAACAGUACAUCUGUCCUGAGGGUCAUUUCUGUCCCAUUGGCACAGACGUACCAGAUAGAUGUCCAGUGGGAACCUUCAGCCCUUAUACCAGUCUGAACGACACCAGUCAAUGCACGUCCUGUACCUCUGGGCAAUACUGUGAGACGGAGGGACUGAACGCCACAACCGGACCAUGCUCAGCUGGUUAUUACUGCCCAGGAGGUCAAAGUUCAGAUACACCUGCAGGCUAUGAGUGCACACUGUACCACUACUGCCCGCAGGGCUCGUCUGCACCCACUCCGUGCGCUAAUGGAACAUACAUGAACCACACUCAGGGCUCACAAUGUUAUAUAUGCCCAGCUGGAUGGUAUUGCGUAAAUGGCGAUGUUGUGGGUGAAUGUCCCAUGGGAUAUUACUGUCCCGAUCAAACUGAUUUCAACUGGCAGCAGUGUCCGCCUGGAACGUACAACAAUGAUACAGCGUUACAAGCAGAAGCUGACUGUAAAUCAUGUCCUGGUGGAAAAUACUGUGAUUCGUACGCUGCAAUUUUACCAGCUGGAGACUGUGAUGCCGGAUAUUUCUGUGGGUUUGGAGUCGAUCGUGCACAGCCUAUUGAUUGUAACAACACUGAUGUGAAUGGACUCUGCGUUACCCCAGGUGCACAGACAGGUAUAGGGGGUGUAUGUCCCCAGGGCUACUACUGCCCGGCAGGCUCUCCAGCUCCAGAGCCAUGCCCACUGGGUUACUAUAGCAAUUUGACUGGAAUGGACUCGUGCACACCUUGUCCAGCAGGUUAUUACUGUGAGCAAGACUAUUCAAACACUUCAAACUCGGCUACACCCGACUUCACCUCAUACCCAUGUCCAGCUGGUUACUACUGCCCCGCAGGCACGUAUUACAGCACUGACAACCCGUGCCCAGCUGGAACUUACUACAACCUCACGCUCGCUACAGAGGAGGCCGACUGUAUCUUCUGUCCACCUGGCUCAUUCUGUGACACUCCAGGCCGGGCAUACCCUACAGGAGAAUGUGAUUCUGGAUACUACUGCACCAAUGCCUCAACAACUGCUACACCGACUCUAGGAGCUAUGGGCGGACCCUGUGACCCAGGAUACUACUGCCCGCAGGGCUCUGCUGCUGCCGUUCAGUGUGACCCGGGCAUGUAUUGCCAGACCUCCAUGCUUGCCGCACCAACAGGAAAUUGUUCUGCAGGUUACUACUGUAUACUACAAGCAUCUGUCGCCACACCAACUGAUGGAACUACAGGAGAUAUCUGUCCAUUGGGUCACUACUGUCCAGAGGGUAGUUCAAGUACCAUAGCUUGUGAAACCGGAUAUUUCCUGAACGUGACCGGCUCUGAUGAUAUCAGCGAUUGCACUAUCUGUACCGGAGGAAUGUACUGUCCAGGAACCGGAAAUGCUGAACCGGCCGGGUCAUGUGACCCAGGCUACUUCUGUCCACCAGGACAAAACGUGUCAGCACCACCUGAUUACAAUUGUCCAGUUGGAUAUCGCUGUCCAGGAGGUAUGGACGCUGCAGUUCAGUGUUCAAGCGGGAAGUACCAGACUCUUGAGACACAGACAUCAUGUGAUACGUGUCCUGCAGGCUACUUCUGUGACAACACAGGUGACAUUGCUGUUGUCAAUGCAUCAACACUCUGCCCUGAAGGACACUAUUGUCCAAAUGGAACAAGAUUCAGCACGGAGUUUCCGUGUCCGGAAGGGACAUUUAACAACGUUACAGGCCUGGAACAAGAGAGUGACUGUGUCCUGUGUCUUGGAGGUUACGCUUGUCCUGUCACUGGUAUGACGCAGAUGGACAAUUCCUAUCUUUGUGAUGCUGGAUACUUCUGUCAGCAGGGAGCUAACUCCACCACACCUGAUCAAGGAACAGAUGCUAAUAUCUGUCCAGAAGGGUUUUACUGUCCACAAGGAACCACAGAUCCGAUACAUUGCCCCAAGGGAACAUACAGCAACCAGACUGGACUCGACGAUGUUUUACAGUGCCAGGACUGCCCAGCCGGAGACUUCUGCGAUAGUGUUUCCAUGACAACCACAGCUGGUCCUUGUACUGCUGGGUAUUAUUGUGAAAUAGGAUCAAAUCAGACAACAGAGUACAUCUGUCCUGCGGGAAGCUACUGCCCCGAGGGGUCUCCUGCCCCAACCCCAUGCCCCGCAGGUACCUACAGUAACACCCAGGGAAUGACAAACUCCUCAUCAUGUACACUGUGUGACCCAGGAAAAUACUGUAAUGAUACAGGUUUGACUAGCCCAGUAGAUGACUGUGACCCAGGUUUUUACUGUCCAGAAGGAUCUUCUGUACCAAAUCCAAAUGCCACAGUCUGUCCUAUUGGAUUGCAUUGUCCCAUUGGUACCGGAACACCGGUUCCCUGUGUAUCUGGAACAUACACUAACCUUACACAGCAAGAUGCAUGCAUAACAUGUCCAGAGGGUUUCUACUGUGUGCCUUCAGAAGUCAUUGUUGGUGAUCCACAGUCAGGAUACUCACUUUGCCCAGCUGGAUUUUAUUGCCCAGCAGGCACUGGAAUGAACUGGACCGCUUGCCCGCUUGGAACAUUCUCAAAUGUUGAGGGUCUAAAAAUGGACUCAGAGUGUCAGCAGUGUACAGGAGGAAUGUACUGUGACAGAACAAACCUGACGUCACCCGUCGGAAAUUGUGAUCCUGGAUUUUUCUGUACCACUGGUGUGGAUACGCCACAGCCUGAUGGCUCAACAAACUUGGGAACUGGUGGAAUUUGCCCGCCUGGGUCAAAGUGUCCAGCGGGAACAGAUAUUCCUGAAGAUUGUCCGGCAGGAACAUAUCAGGAUCUUGUAAAUCAGGCAGACUGUACAACAUGCCCUGCUGGCUACUACUGUCUGGCAGCCAGUACCAACUAUACGGACACACCCUGCCCCACCGGACACUACUGUCCCAAUGGUACAGAGUAUGAUAUCCAGUACAAAUGUCCACAGGGAACAUUCAACAACCUUACAGGUCAGCAGGAUGUAGGAGCUUGCAUGGAUUGCUCACCAGGGCAUUACUGUGGAUCUCAAGGACUUUCCGAAACGACCGGAAUCUGUGACCCAGGCUGGUAUUGUGAACUGGGCUCGUACCUGGCACAGCCUACCAGUCCUGAAGGUGGAAAAUGUCUGGCUGGCACAUAUUGCCCGGCAGGAAGUUCAUCCCCAACCGGAUGUGACCCAGGAUCAUACUGUGGCUCUGACAUGCUUGAUGCAGUAACAGGAAAUUGUAGUGCCGGCUAUUACUGUAGCGGAAAUUCCACAACGGCAACUCCUUCCGGAACUGGAGGUGACAGUUGCCCGGUAGGUCACUUUUGUGUUUCUGGAAGCUCAGCUCCCACACCAUGUGACCCUGGUACCUUCCUUCCCAGCACAAAUGCACAGAAUCAGUCAUACUGCCUCGACUGUACAGCAGGAAAAUACUGUAGCCAGUCUGGAUUGUCUGCUAUUGAAGGAGACUGUACUGCAGGUUACUAUUGCCCGGCUGGACAAAUUACAAGUACGCCAAGUAGUUAUGAAUGUCCGGCUGGAUACAAAUGUCCCGCAGCAGCAAGCACGUACACAAUAUGUCCGUCAGGCACAUACCAGGAUGAGACAGGUCAAUCAACGUGCAAGACCUGCAUGCAGGGAUACUAUUGCGAUAACUCAGCUGGACCCAUCACCAACUAUACCACAGCAGUUUGUCCAACUGGUCAUUAUUGUCCUAACGGAACACAGACAGCAUAUGCCAACCCAUGUCCAGCUGGUACAUUUAGCGGAAACACCGGUCUGACCGACGCCUCCGAAUGUGACCCUUGCACAGGUGGAUACUAUUGUACACAAGGCACGACCACUCCCACCUUGUUGUGUAGUGCUGGAUAUUACUGCCGAAACAGUUCCCAGACGGCAGCACCUAUGCAAGGAGCAGAAGCAUAUGAAUGUCCAGUAGGCCACUAUUGUCCGGAACAGACCACCGAACCUGUUAAGUGCCCCAUCAGAACUUUCUCAAAUGCAGUACGAUUGAUGAAUGAGUCAGACUGCACUCCAUGCACUCAAGGAUGGUACUGUGAUGCUCAGGGUCUCACGGCCCCUGUUGGUCUCUGCGCACCUGGUUUCUAUUGCGAGACGGGCUCGGACAAUGACUCGCCAGUGGAAUGCCCUGCAGGAAAAUAUUGUCCAGAAGGUACACAUACCCCAACAAGAUGUCCAACAGGAACAUUCUCAAAUGCGACACGUCUUGACCAUGCUGAUAAUUGUACGGACUGUACCGCAGGUUUCUACUGUACAACAACAGGUCUUACUGAGCCACAAGGCAACUGCACACAAGGCUACUACUGUGUCACAGGUUCAGUUGUAGCUAACCCAACAAAAUGUCCAAUAGCAUAUCACUGCCCUGAAGGUAGUCCCUCACCACAGGAAUGCCCUGCGGGUAGCUAUACAACACAGAAAACACAAUGGGAAUGCGAGGCUUGUCCACAAGGAUAUUACUGUAUAUAUGACUCGGCAGUUCAAGGAAGUAUUGCAUCAGUUAAGUUUGACUGUCCACGUGGUUACUACUGUCCACAGGGAACAGGGUAUGACUGGCAGCCAUGUCCAGCUGGAACGUUUGGAACACAGUUAAAUUAUUAUCAGGAAUCUCAAUGUACAGACUGUAGUGCCGGAAAGUAUUGUGACACAGAAGGAGCCACCGCCGUCACUGCACCUUGCAGUCCUGGUUACUGGUGUCAGUCUGGUGUCGACCGACCGAAUCCGGAUAAUGAUGCUUCUAAUACCACUUACAAUGCUACGUGUGGUCUUGGUGGACAUACAGGGUAUGGAAGUAUAUGUCCUGUUGGUUCAUAUUGUCCCGAGGGCUCGGACUUACCAAUCAACUGUGCAGCGGGCACAUACCAGGACCUGGAGGGUCAGAGCUAUUGUAAAGGCUGUCCAGAAGGUUUCUACUGCCCAGCAAACACAUCAGAUUACACCAUCAACCCUUGUCCAAGCGGUCACUACUGUCCAGAGAAUACUACUUCAGCCUACGAAUAUCCAUGCUCUAUCGGAACCUUCAACCCGAAUACCGAGCAGACAAACUCCAGCUCCUGCGUUCUGUGUACUGGCGGGAAGUACUGCAGUGGAACUGGGUUAUCUGCCCCAAGCGGCAACUGCAGUGGAGGUUGGUACUGUAUCGAGGGAGCUGUGCAGUCCAAGCCAACAUUGAAUACUCAGGGAGGUAAAUGUUUGAAUAGAUACUACUGUCCUGAGGGUAGUGAUGGACCAACAAUAUGUGAUGGUGGGAAGUACUGUUUGACGGAGAGAUUGGAUACACCAAGUGGUGAUUGUGAUGCUGGUUACUGGUGUAAUAAUGGAAGUAAUUGGAAUCAGCCCUACGAUGGCGUGACAGGAGACAAAUGCCCGUAUGGCCAUUAUUGCCCCCAGGGUAGCGCAGGAGGAAUACCGUGCCCAAUUGGGUACUUCCUGAAUGCUCAAGGAAGCACUGCCCUUUCCAGCUGUACCAUCUGCACCCCAGGGAAGUACUGUGAGACUGAAGGAACCCAGUUGGAGACUGGCGACUGUGCGCCGGGUUAUUACUGCCCAGCCGGUCAGUCCACAUCAACACCUGCAAACUAUAGCUGUCCAGAAGGAUCUUAUUGUGUAGGAGGCCAGUCCGCACCUGUUGAUUGCCCAAGUGGACAGUAUCAGGACCUGCCGAUCCAGUCCUCAUGUAACACAUGCCCAGCAGGUUACUACUGUGACUCUGGUAUAGCGGGUGGUGUCUCGAACUAUACCCAGUAUAUAUGUCCUGAGGGAAGCUACUGUCCGGAUGGGACUACACAUGCUGACCAGCACACGUGUCCUCUUGGAACAUUCAACAAUGUUACAGGUUUAACACAUUCUGAUAACUGUACAUUAUGUGUCGGAGGGAUGGCAUGUGACGAGGUUGGCCUCACCUAUCCAAAGAGACAAUGCUCGGCUGGCUACUUCUGUAUCUCCGGAGCUGAGUCUAUGACCCCUACCCAGGGAGCAGGUGCUGAUGUCUGCCCAACAGGUUCCUACUGUCCACAGGGAACAGCAGAUCCAGUACCAUGCCCGGAAGGAUCCUACAAUCCUUCAACAGGACUUCAGACGGAGAACCAAUGUCUCAAUUGUACAGGAGGAAGUUAUUGUAAUGAUACAGGCCUGAGUGCAGUAGUUGGACCAUGUUUCGCUGGUUUCUCUUGCCCCGCUGGAAGCUUAACAGCUACAGAGGUGCAAUGUACUGUGGGUAACUACUGUCCCGUGGGUACUGAAUAUCCUGUACCUUGUCCGAACGGAACAUUCUCCGACAAUAUCGGAAAUGCCGCCCAGUCUGACUGUUCACAGUGUAACCCUGGGUACUUCUGUAAUGGAGAAGGACUAACAAAUGUGACAGGACUUUGUAAAGAAGGUUAUUAUUGUCCAAGUGGAAGCAGUGUUGAGACGGAGGUUAUUUGUCCCAUAGGAAAAUACUGCCCGACAGGAAGUGCUGCCCCAGCGGACUGUCCUCCAGGCUUCUAUACAGCAUCUGAGGGAGAAUUUACCUGUGCAGAAUGUCCUGAAGGUUAUUACUGUGUGGCAGCCAAUGUUGUAGCGGGUGAUAUAAGUUCUGUAACAACAGCCUGCCCCCAGGGCUACUAUUGCCCCAACGGCACCGGGUACGACUGGCAGCCAUGUCCUGCUGGAACAUACAACGAUGUUACCGGACUGACGAAAGAGGAUGAAUGUACAGCGUGUACCGGAGGAUACUACUGCUUGGUGUCAAAUCUUACAGGACCUUCUGGUCCCUGUGGUGCUGGACAUUACUGUGUUUCCGGAGUGGACAAAGCCAACCCAACCAUGCUUGACAGUAACCAGUGUCCCAAUGGCACUGUUCAUCCAAUCAUUGGUGAUGUUUGUCCAGUAGGACAUUAUUGUCCUGAAGGUACAGACAAUCCGAUUGGCUGCCCGGCUGGUAGCUAUCAGGAUUUGACCAAUCAGGACCAUUGUAAGGCAUGUCCAGCUGGCAAGUACUGUCCCGCAAACACCACAGAUCCUUCAGUCAAUGACUGCCCAAGUGGACACUUUUGUCUGGAAAAUACAACCCAUGCCAAUGAAUACCCAUGUCCACCACAGACCUUCAACAAUCUGACCGGCGGUCAGUCUCUGGCAGAUUGUGAGUGGUGUUUGCCAGGAAAAUACUGCUCAGGAAAUGGCAGUGUCUGGCCAACCGGAGACUGUGCCCCAGGCUACUACUGUACCAAUGGAUCAGAUACAGCAACCCCUACUCUGCAAGGAGGACGAUGUGAUCCUGGUACGUUCUGCCCAGCAGGUGCCAGUUACAAAUACAACUGCACCCUGGGAAUGUACUGUAGUCAGUCCGAACUUGCAGCUCCAGACGGUUUCUGUGAUGAGGGAUAUUACUGUCCAGGUGGGGCAAUCAGUCCACAGGAAGAAGACUGUCCCGUCGGACACUUCUGCCCGAACGGAACUGGUCUUCCACAACCAUGCAGGAAUGGCACGUAUGCUCCGACUACAAAUCUGAAAGAAGAGGCUGAAUGCACACCGUGUGAUGGUGGAUUCUAUUGUAAUGGAACUGGACUGUCGGCUGUCAGUGGACAGUGCGAUGCUGGUUUCUAUUGCCCAGAAGGACAAACCCAGCCGAACCCCUACACUUACAGGUGUACCCCAGGCUAUUUCUGCCUGGCUAAUAGUGCCAAUGAAGUUAUUUGUCCCAGUGGCCAGUACCAGAACGAGUACCAGCAAGAUGCAUGUAAAGCUUGCCCAGCAGGUUAUUUCUGUGAUAAUGCUUUUGGCGCAAUAGGCAACUUGAGUAAUUAUGAAUGCCCGACAGGAUACUACUGUCCAGGGUCAGUGGUUCGAUCCAAUGAGUACCCAUGCCCAGCAGGAACCUAUAACAACGUGACUAUGCUGAAUGACCCGUCACAGUGCCAGCCAUGUUUGCCAGGAUAUUAUUGCCAGAAUGCAGGACUGUCUGAAUCAGAAGGAUUGUGUUAUCCAGGGUACUAUUGCAAUGGUAGUACGAUCGAGCCAAAUCCAAGUUAUGCUGUCUGUCCGAUCGGCAACUACUGUCCUGAGGGCAGCUACGAGCCAACCCCUUGUCCGUCAGGUACCAUAGCAACAGGAACUGGUAACUCUAACCUCACAGACUGUGAACCUUGUAAACCAGGAAACUACUGUACUGCUGUCAGCUCCCAGAAUGGGGUGACAUUGAGUUACAGUUUACCUUGUAACGCUGGUUACAUCUGUUUGACUGGAUCCGAUGUCGCAAAUCCGACUGACAACCGUAUCGGAUAUAUCUGUCCCGCUGGAUAUUAUUGUUUAGAAGGAGCCGUUUUGGAGACAGCAUGUCCUAGAGGCCAUUAUCAACCCCAGACGGGAGAAGGCUCCUGCAGGGAAUGUGAGGCGGGAACGUCGUGUCCGGACCUUGCUAUGAACCAGACGUUGCCGUGUCCAGCUGGUUACUACUGUCUGAAUGGAACUGUAGAUAAUGGCGAACCUUGUCCAACAGGAACAUACAAUCCGAAUGAGGCGGUAUCUGCAUCUGACGAAUGCCUGCCAUGUUUGCCUGGUAUGUACUGCGAUGUGCCCGGACUCUCCGCACCAGCCGGAAACUGUACUGCCGGUUAUCUGUGUCUCGGAAAUGCUACAACGCCGACACCAGAUGAUGGAACUAAUGGACCGUGUCCAAUUGCUCACUACUGUGAUGAAGGAACCACUGCAGCAGUGCCCUGCCCCCUCGGAACGAUGAGGAAUGAAACUCUUGGUGCAGGACUUUUUGACUGUUACCCAUGUACUGGUGGAAAAUACUGUGAUUCUCUAGCAUCCACUGGUCCUGCAGGCAUCUGUGAUGAAAGAUACUAUUGUCCAUCAUCAGUCGAUAUCGACAACUCCCAGCCAACAGCUUAUAUUUGUCCCACGGGAUUUUACUGUCCGGCAGAAAGUGCUGACCCCAUAGGAUGUACUCCUGGAACGUACCAGCCCAGUCAAGGAGAAAUUACCUGUUUGACUUGUCCAAAGGGAUAUUAUUGUCCACAGAAUACAAGCAUACCAGUAGACUGCCCAGCCUACUCAUACUGUCCAGAUGGAUCGGCAUCGCCAGUUCUUUGUCCUAAUGGAACAUAUACAGCUGAUACAAAACUAAACAAUGAAAAACCAGAAGAUUGUGCUGACUGCGUCGCAGGUAGUUACUGUACUGGAGGUAAUAUCUCUGGUCCAUGCUCGGCUGGUUUCAUAUGCUACGUUGGUAUGGGUGUACCGGACCCUGAUAGUUCAAACAUGCCGAAUGGUGGACCCUGUCCAUAUGGUUACUACUGCACAGAAGGAAUAACCACACCUCAGGUUUGCCCAGCAAACUCCUUCAUCAGUAAAACAGGAGCUGUAUCACAAGCUGAAUGUCAGCCCUGUCCUGGCGGCAGUAUUUGCGUGGAAAAUUCGACUGUGGCUGAACCUUGCUGGGCAGGAUGGUUCUGCAGGGUGAAUGAAGAUCCAGAAAUGUGUCCAAACGGAACGUACAAUGACCAGACAGGAAUGAGUGACUCUAGUGCGUGUCUCCCAUGUCCAGCCGGAUAUUUCUGUGACACUCCAGCACUCUCAAACUACACGGUCAACCCAUGUCCUCUCGGCUACUUCUGUCCAAAUGCAACAAUAGUUCCGGAAUCUUGUCCAGCUGGUACAUACAGGGACAUACUUGCUGCGGAGAGUGAGCCAGAUUGUUUCCCGUGUCCCGCCGGGUCUUAUUGUCCUGAUAUGAACAUGACAUUCUCUGGUUACCCAUGCGUAGAUGGUCAGUACUGCCCAGAAGGUGCCUCUAUCAUCAGAGAAUGUAAAGCAGGUUACUACUGUAACAAUUCGGAGACUCAGAUUUCAUGUCCGCCAGCGUACUACUGCCCAGAAAAUUCUACCGAGCCAACGAGCUGUCCAUCAGGCAGUUACUGCACGGGCAACUACUUCGACACAUGCAACUGUACAGAUGCAGGUGCUAUUGAACCUACAAUGUGUCCACCUGGAUAUGGGGAAAUGAUUGGUGCCCUACAUACAACACUAGAUGAUACAUGUGCACCUUGUAUAGCUGGGACUUAUAGUAAUUCUGACGGAAGUGGGUGUACUUCAUGUCGUGCAGGAGUUGUCUGCCUUGACAUGGCUACGACUGAUACCCCAGUAGCGAACAGCAGCGAUCUUGCAGAUAUAUUUGGACCAAAUGGCACCCAGGCAUACUUAUGCCCUAUAGGGUAUUACUGCCCUGAGAAUUCAGGCACACCAACACCAUGUCCAACUGGUACAUACAACGAUUUAGAAGAAGGGAUGUCUAUUGCUGAUUGCUUACCAUGUGCGGUUGACCACUUUAAUCAUAAGACAGGACAGGAUGGGUGUCUUACCUGUGGAGGGGAAGCGCAGCAACCAAAUACAGGACAGCCCACUUGCCAGUGUACUGGAGGUGGGAAAGAUUUCCAGGAAAGUGAUCGUCGUUGUGUAUGCUCUGCUGGUUAUAAGGAGAUAUAUGGGUCUGAUGACUGUGAGAAAGAAGUAUACCCCUUGUGUAAAGAUGGCAGAUGGCGCUUUCAGGACGGCUCUUGUAAAACAACUGCAGAAUUUGAGGCUCAUUGCAGGGAUAAUGAGUGUGACACUGGUUUAUACCAGGGUUACAUUGAACAGAAGGGUGUGUGUUUAUGUGAUGCAGAUGACCUUUCAUCAAUCUGCGACCUUGAGUGCCGUAUUGCAAAUCAGCAGUUAUUAACAUUUGUUUGUGCGUCAGCACCACUGGAGGCAUAUCUGCAAAUUGAAGAUUCGGAUGGAAAUGUAAUUGCGCAGUUUGUCGAGUCAAGUUUGACUGCCAUUAUCAACUCCGUAAAUGCUUUCACCUCUGAUCAGUGUGACACAUUAGACGACUCAUCAAAACCAGUUUAUUUCGCAAUAAUGGAUAACACAACUGAUGGAUUUCUUGGUGUGUACGAGCCUGACCCUAUAGCUCUUCAGACCCUUCUGCUGUCUAACAUCAAAGACAAUAUCACUUCAAAUGCCACUCAAGAUAGUACAAACACGUAUACUCGUCGUCGUCUCCUAGCAACAAGUGUAUAUGAUGGUUCAACUUUCUCCGGAAUCAAAAAUCCUAUUGUGUGUCUGGAAAAUGGGGCAUUUAUGCUGUGGGCAGUGGAUAACAACAAUUACCCAAUAUAUGACAGAAACAAUUUGUUCAAUACCAACUCCCAGUUUGACUAUGGUGGGUUCAGGACCCUGGCUGAGGCUCAGGCAUUGGUUUCAACAUCAACAACACUUUUCUCUUACCAGUUUAACGAUGCUGGAACAUAUGUGUUCUAUUCCAGUGCUAAUCAGUACAAAAAAAUGUAUGUGAGUGUGAUGCAAGUGGGAGCAAAAUGUGCCACAACCGGACCUUUCUUCCCAGUGACCACGGCAAACCUUGUCUCAAACGGUAUAGGAUUUAACCAGGACAUCCUGCAGUCUCCUGAUUGGCCGGUUAUUUUUGCUCUCCUUGGGGCAGGGCUAAUUAUAAUAAUCCUCAUGAUCAUUGCGCUGGUACUGUUUAGGAAGUACGGCUGGAACAAGAGCAUGUACCUGUUCCCAUUCUAUCGUGAGAAAACAUCCAAAUACGACUUUGACAACUAUGCUAGUAAAGGAUCUACUGUGUACUCUGUGAGGAAAUACCACAGAAAUAUGGCUGUUAUGCAGGAUGAGAAUGCAUUCCAACCACUACCUAUUGAACAAGGUCCUGUUGGUGAAAGCACAGAAGACGAGUUCUGGGACUACAGCAGACAGGUUGAUCUUGAGGGUUUCAGCUCUGGCAGAGUUUAUGACACACUGGCAAGACAAUCUAGAAACAUUACACAAACACUGGGAAAACAGAAGGAAGAGGUGAAGCACAUGUUCCAGAAUGUUGCUGGGCAGACUGACUCUCUAAAGGGUAUGUGGACUGCUAAGAUGAACAUGAAGGGUACUCCUCUCUUAGCCACUGAGACAGACAUUGCUGAUUACGACCGUAAAUUGCAUUUCUUGGAGGAAGAACUUGAAAGACGCAGGGAGGUUGGAAAUAGAUUCGAAGCCAUUCUGAAGAGGCAGGAAGAUUUGGCAGAAGAUGAUGAGAAACAUAGAGAAGCCCAUCAGGUGAGCUACCAGGCGUCUCUACGUGAAGCCCUACGAACCCUUAAAGAUCACACAGAAAAAAUGCAACGAGGUCAGAUUGUUGAUGCUACUGGACAUUUUGACGGACAAGCUCAUCGUGCCAUGGCAACAAGAGUUUCUGCUCUGUGUGAAAAAAUGGCUGGAGAUAUAACCGAAGAAAGUGCCAGACUUGGGUGCUGGGGUGUUCUUCAUCAGGGCACAGGUGCUCAGCUUCUCGAUGGAAGUAACCCAAUGUCAAAACAGGACAUAUUUGGCAAAUCAUCAAGUGUUGUUACGACAGACAAGGCUACUGGUCUCCUGAAAGCUAAGGCUGGUUCCAGCAUGUUACUAGCAGACGGCAGCACUCAACAAGUUCCAGAAAACAACUUCCUCCAUCCACAAACUGGACACGUUCUACCAGUACAAGGAAAUGUGGCCUUUGACCCCAUCAAAUCACGACUGGUCUUUGUUGUUGACUCAGCAACAGCCGAAGCACCACACACAGAUGCACAGUAUAUUCCGUUUGUUCCCUACCCAACAAGAAAUGGUCACCCAAUCAAGACAAAACUCAAGCCCAUGCAGCAUGCUAGUGACUUAAGAUACGGAGCUCCGAUGUCCGAUCCCGAGACAAGCCUACAUGUGCCUAUUUUGGCUGUUACUCUACACCCGGAAACACAGGCCGUUCUACCAGUUGGUGGUACCCAUGUUGACAUUGUGACAGGCCUGCAAACACCAAUAGAAAUUGGCUCACUCAUGGUUGAUCCAAACUCUGGGACACCAGUACCUGUCUUGUCUGUUACUCUGGACUUGGAAUCAGGUGAAGUUGUGCCAGUAGGAGGAAUAAAUCUAGACAAUACACCAAUAUUACCAGGAGAAACAUUUGUGGAGCCGCUCAGCAGUAAACUUGUACGUGUACAUGGUGGUCAUCUGACAGUAACACAUGUUGAACCAUCAGCUGGAGGAUAUCAAGCACUGCUCAACUCGAACGUGUUAGCAUGUGAAACUCGUGCUAACGAUGCUGUGAAAGCAUACUUGGAAACACUGGGUGCUUGCACUAGCAGCAAUGUGCAUGUGCAUCUUGAAGAAGCCAAUCUUGAAAGAGCAGUGAAGGAACUUGAACAUGCAAGAGAGAUGAUGAAGGUUCAUCUACUACGUUCACAGCAGGAUAUCAAGAGAAGACAAGAGAGGGCAACUAUCCUAGCAACCACUGGUGGAUCUCCAGGAAUGUAUGAACUUAACAAAACUGGACAAAUGCUACCAAUUCUGGUGGGAACAACAAUGCCAGACAGGGCAGGCUCUGGAAUGGAAGUUCCAAUACUUGGUGCUGAGAGACAUAGGCAGACUGGCAAGACUAUACCUCUAGGUGGAACAAUGGAGGACCCAGAAGGGGCAGGCCUUGUACCAAUCAAUAUUGGAAAGAAAGCAAUUGAUGCCAUAUCUGGUGAACUCAGUCCAGUAAUUGGUGUGAGACUGAAUCCAGAGAAUGAUACUGUUGUACCUGUGACCUUGUCCUCUGGUGGUCAUCGUAAACCGACAGCUCCUGCAGGCGCUCUAGCAAUGCUAGAGGAAGAAAUUGUAACCAGACGCCAUUACUGGAAAUCUCAACGCAAGAAGGAAGAAGAACUGACAAGAGGCGAACACAAACUGGCUGUCAUGCUGCUGCAGGACGUAGAUAGUGUUACUGUUCAAUCUAUUUCCAAAGCAUUGGAAGACAUUGAUAUGGGAGCUAACCAACUUCAGGAAUCAAGCAAAGCUGAAGUACAAAGGCGUGGUGCUGCUCACCAUGAAUACAGUAAUAGCUUGCCACCAGAGGUGGUUGCUGUGCUGACUGAUUGCGAUGCCCGCGAAUGUGAGAUGGAGGAAGCUCACGUAGCAACACAUGUCAAGUUUGCUGAUGCAGUUCGAAAAUUCUUUAAUAAACUUCAACAGGAAGAAAAGAAGUUUAAGGAAAAGAUGGAACAGAUACAAGGUUCUGGAAAUACUGAUGGGGAAAACGUUCAACUUCAGCGCUACCGUCAAAGCAAAAACCGUCUGCUAGCAGAGCUCAAGGGUCAGAUUGUAACCCAUGUAGAACAUCUUGACCAAGCACAUUCGGCCGUUGAAUAUGCGAGACAGAGAUCAGAACUUUGUUGCCAAGAAGCUAAAGUUGUUCUUACCCAUAGUGCAUUGCUUGCUGGAGAUUAUGAUUGUCAGCUUAGUGGAGUUUAUGGUGAUGCUAGCAGUUCAGAAAAGGAGAAAGAUUCAGAGUUAGUUCCUUUGAUAAAACAAUUGAUUGCUAUGCUUGAAUCAGGAGGCCCAUUCUACCUUUCAACGGAAUUGUUGAAUUUGAUCAAGAACGCUGCUGGCGGCGGAAAUGUUCACAAUGUCAAUAACUUCAAUAUUGAAAACCAGGAUGAGCAAAAGGCUUCAUUUGGUACAACAACUGGGGUGACAAAUGACAAAGAUAAGAAACGUGCAAAGGAUACUGCUGGAAAAGACUCUAAGAAAGGAAAAGCAACUCUUGUCAAAGCAUCAAAGGAAAAGAAAGACAGUAAAUCUAAAAAUGAAAGUGCAGCAUCUGUAGCAGAUCCUGGUGCAGCAUGGAAAGACUUGUUAAGAAAACUGUUUGAAAAACAAGCAUAUGAGGCAGCCAAGCUUGAAAAUGAUCUUAAAUCAGAUGAAAUGAAUUCUAUGCAAGAUACGCUUGAGGAGUUUGAAAAGAAGAAACGUAACAUGAUGUAUGAAGCAAAGGAAGAUCUGCGUCAGAAACUUGAAAAAGUGCAAAGUGAGAAAGAGCGUGAUAGAAUUAUGGCUGAUUAUGCAAUGAAUCUGCAAAAGGUUAAUGAUGCUUUUGACAAACAAAAACAGAUGCAGCUGGAAGGUCUAAGGAAGAAGCUGCUGGAAAAUAGAAGAAGUCGAAGAAAGGAAUUGUACCGCAAACACUGUGCAGAGGCUGAAGGACAGGGAGUUGGAAUCGAGUCGGUGCCAGAUGUUCAAAUGCCAAGUUACGAUGAAUUGAUGCGAGACCUUCUGCGACUUCAGGAGAAUCAAGAGAGAUCUUUAGCGGAAAUCCAAUUUGAAGGUGAAAAUGCUAGAGAUGAAGUUCAGGUACCUGAAAUUGAUCAUGAAUUUGAAAGGAAGAUUAAGAGUCUAGAUGUUGAUGAUGAAGUUAAAAAAGAAAUGAUUCGCCAGGCACGGGAACGUAACCUAUCAUUGCAAGAUCAAAUAGAGAAAAUGAAGGCUGCUUUGCGAAAUAGAAAGGACAGGAAGAAACCAGUGAAGUUAAUGGAUGAAGAACGAAAUGGCAUGUCUGCAGAAGAGCAACAGAGGCUGAUAGACGCAAGAGAAAUUCAGAGUGAGGCUGACAGAGAACGUGAAGACAAGGCACUACUGGAGGCCAGAAGACUUCUCGAGAAGGAGCAACAGAGACUGGCACAGGAACAAGCACUGCGUGAUGCCAUGCGCAACAAGAGUGAGGAGGAGAAAGAUAAGAUCCUUGCAGAGUUCCAGGCUGAGAUGGACAAGCUGAUGAAUCGUCAAGAUGAGACGAGACAGGCACAGAAAGACAAGAUUGUUGGUAAACUAGCAGCUAGAAAACGUGUCCGAGAGGAACAUGAAAAAGAGCAAGCUGUUGCUAGAGAACUUGACAGAAUCACAAAGAGACAUGUUGCCCAGGGUGACAGCGAUGCAGCAGACGUCAUCAUGGACAUUAACGAAAAGGUUAAUGGCGAUGAACUUACACCCGAACAGCAAAAGUUACUUGAAAAACAGACCCAGGAAGCUGAGAAUUUGGAAGGAAGACAGCUUGAUGAACAAAGAGAGAUGAAUCUGCAUCUGAACGAAGAAAUGGCAACAGAGGAAAUGGCAAUAGAAACGCAGAUACAGCAGCAGAAGAGAUUGGCUGUCGCAGAACAUAAAAACAAGUUUGAUCGUGACAUGUUACUUAAUAGGCAGAAUAUGUCUGAGGAUGAAUAUAAACGUCUUCUGGCGGAACAUCAACGUGAAAUGGCAUCUCUUACCGCUAAUCUUGAUCAGGAGAAAGACAGACAGAAGAGAGCUAUUAAAGACAGGAUUCUUGAAAGACGUAAGAAACGGGAUGCCCAGCUAGAGGAGAAACACCGCCUGGAGAUGGAAGAGGAAAUGACCAGACAGCAACAGGAGCGUGACAAGCUCAAUGAUGAAAUCGCUCGUAAGGUGGAAGAUAGCGAACUGAAAAAGAACGUCCAGAAUUUUAGACGCUACAAAGUUAGAAAACUUCUGCAGGGUAUUAAUGGUGAGAAAGCAGAGAAUCUGAUCUACACAGUGUUACGACAACGCCAUCUGAAGGAAGCUAUACAUUUAGAGGAUCAGUUAGCUCGAGAGAUGGCCGCAGCGAAGAGACGUGCUAAAGCUGAAGUAGAACAGAGUCGGCAGAAAGAGAGGGAAAUGUUGUUGCAAGCUUUUGAACAGGAAAUGAUGGAUCUCGUUGCUAACUCUAAGGGCAUGAGUGAUGAAGAGCUAGCUGCCAGAAAACAAGACCUUAAGAGAGAUCAGAAGAAACAACGUCGUGACUUCGACAAACUUACACAGCAGUUGGUCGAACAAGCAGAAAAGGAUAUCACACCAAAGAUGGAGACUACGCAGACACACCAGAGACUGGAACUAAAGGAGAAACAACUACAAGAACUUUCAGAUGCUAUGCAAACAUAUAAUCCUAAAGAUGAAAUAAAGAAGAAAUAUGCAGAGGAGGCUCGUUUAGCUGCACUAGAAGCAAAGAGAUUCAGAGAUGAGGUUCUACGUAGAAUGCAAGAUGAGUUUGAAAAGAGAAAGAGAGAAGAGGAAGAACGAGAAGCGGAAAAGAAAAGAAAAAUGGAGGAACAUUAUAAGAGAUUACAACAAGAACUGGAGGAUGAGCAAAGACUGGAAGAACAGAGAUUGAGAGAACGUGAAGAGGAGAAGAACAGACUUCGACAGAAACAGCUCGAGGAAAGAAAGAGGAAUGAAGAGGAACAGAUCAGAAAAUCCAACCUCAGCGAAAGUGAAAAACAAAGGUUGCUGCAAGAACAUGAAGAAAACAUGAGGAAAUUGCAAGAAAACUUCCAGGAAGAGCUGGAUAGAUCAAAGUCAUCGUUAGCAGCAAAACUCGAAGCAAGAAAGAAAAAACGACAUGGUGCUGAAUAUGCAAAACUUUCCAAACAGAUGUUGAUGGAGGAGAAUGCUCUGCAGAGAAAGAACUUGGAAAACAAACAAAACGAGAGUCUUUUAACAGGCGCUAACUCUGCAAACAAGACAGAAACGUCUGAUGUUUUAAUUGGCAACUUGCCAGCUGGAGCAACUAGACCGGACAGUAGACAACCAUCAGCUGGUUCUGGUACAUCAGGUCUUGGUGUUACCUUGACUGGAAAUCAGGAACAAGAUUGGGUUAAUAUGUUAAUGGCGUCACCGUUGUUCAAGCAGAUCAACGACCUUGAACAUAUGCUAGAAAAGACAGAUACAUCUGACGAAAUGCUUCGGCCACAUAUCAAAGGGGCUGAUUACAGUAGAGCAUAUAUUGAUAUUAAGGACGCCCAAUGGACAUGCAAAGGUGACCUUGUUCCGGUUGAUAUUAACCAGAUCUCAUCUAGUCAGUUUGUUGUUUACCGGUUUGGUGUAUUUGUGAUUAAAUUACUGCAUCAACAGAUAGGAACACCUGAAGUGACUCUACUGUUAGCCUCUAACUUGCCUCCAAACAACUAUGAACGUAAUGCAUUUAGGAACUCUGUGUUUUAUGAGCAUGCUAGGAAUAUUCUGUUUGUGCGUAAAGAGAGAAUUGACUCUAUUGGUGAAUUUGUUGUGCUCAUUUUACAUUCAAUGUCUCACAUCAAAUGUGGACAGAUGACAGAUGAUGGAAACUCACAGUUCUUGCGACAAUUUUACAAGUGCCUCAAGGUCGUGUGCCAAGACAUGUUCUUCUCAAGGUCACAGAACACAGCUACUGCACAAUCUCUGAUUGGUCAACCAGCAACAAAUAGCAGACCAGCUCUUGAACAAGCACUUGCUCCACUUGCCAAGAAAACCGAUGAGAAAACGAAUGUGAUUGGUGAAUUAGUAGACAUGAAAGUAGAAGGGCCAACCAGAGAAGAAUUCUCUCCUCAGCGUAUGAACCAGAGAAUGUACGGGUACGAAAAUAGGUCAGGCACAGCGAGAUUACGUCAGUACUUAGCGUCAAAGGGAGGUUACCUAGCAACUUCAGACUUCCUGGCCAAUCGUAUGGCAGAAUUGAGAGGUACAGGACCCGUCAGAGUUUCGCGUUCUAGUCAACAAAGGAGACCACCUCCGCCAAUAUCCACACAGAGAGAUGUUGUGGAUUCACAAUUAGUAGAUCUCCAAUCUAAAAAUGACUCUUUGAAUGAAGAAUUAUCUGACGUACUCAGAAUGGAGGCGGGAUUACGGGAAGGUAUCAGACAUAUGGAAAGGGAUCCCUCACAAAGGGAACACGCACAAAGCGCACAAGAACAGUUAGAAACCACAUUGUUAAGAAAGAAUGACUUGCUUAAGAGAAUUUCCUCAAUGGAGGCAGACAUUUUGAAAAAGGAAAAGGAGCUGAGAUCGAGGAAAAAAUAAAAUGUUUAGCGAUAAUACGCAAACUCCUCGAUAAUAUGAAUUAACAUCAAACGUUACUUUAUUUAUUUUAUGUAAAUUUAUAUUAAGUUUAUUUGUGGAUAAGUACAGAAGCAACAGCCAAGGGGCAGUAAAAAGUUUAUACUUAAUUUUGAUUAUAUAAAGAAGAAUGCGCGGAACAUUAUGCCAGCUCUUUGAAGACACUACAGGAAAAUAAAUGAAAACCUUGCUAGGAAAAAUGGAGCAAAAUGAAUUCGAAGAAAUUCAAAACUGAAAUGAAAUGCCCCAGAUUUACUUUGGACUUGGGACAUGGAAGGGGUAAAGCUUCAAGAACACUGUGCGGCUUGCAUCUACAAAAACAAAUUGUCUUUUAGUAAAAGCAAAUAAACCUUCAAUAAACUCUUACUGUGAGCUCAGAUAAUAGUGUGUAAAAACAUAUAUUAGUUAUUUAGUACACUUCAGCAAUAGAAUUUAACAUGAUCUGUGAUGAAGUUUGCAGCAGUUGUUAAACUGUGAUAAUUAUUAUGUUGAACUUUGAUAUACAUCCUUCUGUGUUACGAAUACUGUGUUACGAAUAUUGUAUUGAGAAAACAGUUUCUAGUGACAUUCCGCAAUAAUGAUAUACGCUGUAAAAAUCUGCGCUUUCAUACUCUUGUGUCAAAUUCUAUGGCUUUACUGCAAAAUGAUGCAUCCUACCCUAGACAAUGUUUAUUUCCCUUUCCCGUUAACCAGUUUAUAUUUCUAAGUAUGGUUUGUCUUUUUGUCAAAUUUACCUGAUCUUGAAGCUUUACCCAAACGUUUAUACUAUGUGUUUGGACAUAUCAAAACUGAUUUUCCUUUUUUGGCUUAUAUAUAUUUUGGUAUUUUAUUAUAGGGUUUGUAAUUUGUUAAAGUGGUUAUAUUUACAAUGAUAAUGUGAUAAACUUUGCGAUCUAGUUCAAUAUUAAAGAAACAGUGGGUUGAAAUGUAUUAUUCACUCAUUACAUAUUGCAUUUUAAUGUUGUUUUUUCUUGAACUUGAUGUUGAACUGCUUUUGUUGAUGCCAUAUUCUUGUUAUCAUUUGUAUAGGAAUUUAUAUUCCGUCCAUGUAGCGUACAUUCCGUCCAAGGAGUUUACAAUCCAUUGCAAACUUAGUCCUUAACUUUGCAUUUGAUAUAUACUUUAACAUUUUAUUUUACAUAUGGUUACAGCGUUCAUGAAUUGAACUUUUCUAUCAAGAUCAUAAAGUUUAUAACAAGAGUCUUUCCUUCGUUUAGGAAGGACUUUUUGCAAUAUUUUUGUAUCAAAGUGACUAUUUUCAAACCAAAGAACAUACUAAUUUGCAAAUCAAAAUCAACCCCUGUGAUCAGUUUUCUUUGAACAAUAUUUUACUUCAAAUCAAAAAGUAAUUCAGUAUUUUCUUUUAUAUGUGAUACACUCAUUUUCAUUCUUAUAUUUAGUGUUCUAUACAUCCCAAAAAUGAAAACACUUAUUUAUUUAUUGUUAAGUUCUUUACUUUUUUGCAUAUGUUAAUAAGCUUUCAUAAUUAUUUUGUUGUGGUUGUUUUAGAAAAAUUUCAUUCUGAAUAUUUUUCUACUUGCUGAAAUUUACAUUUGUUACCGUAGCUAUUUUAUAAUUUUGCAACCUAAAAUUUCAUACCGAUUAUUUUUUAGCUCAGUUAUAUCAAGUGGUUUCAAAAUAUUCUAUCUGUUUUAGCUCAACAUUCUAGUUGUAAAAGUUGCCAGCCUAUAGAUGUAUCUUGUAUUUGAUAUGAGUUAAAAUGUAUCUCCAGUUUAUCAUACCUAUAAACAAAUCACACUACAUAGCAAUAACCUAUGCAUAAUACUUUGUCUAAAUUUUGAUCUAUUUUUCUCUGCUGUACAUGAUUUGAUGUUUGUGUGUUUCAAUUUCACAUUCAUUUGAUACAUUUCUACCCAUUGUUUAAGAUUUAUGCAUUUAUAUAUUUGAAAAAGAAAGCAAUAUGUUUAUAUUUCAAUGCUCUUUAUUUUUGGUUAAUAAAAAUUCAAAAUUCA